UUUGUGUUGCUAUGUGAGGCUUUGGAGCGCGGUUUGAAGAUACUGAGCGAGGAUCCACAUUCAGCGUCCGCGUGCUGUCGACGUGCUGCGUGGAGCAGGACUCAGCUGCAGAAGGAUUGCCCUGUCUCCAUGGUAACAGGCCUCAGGCAGACCCAGAAAAAUGUUGGGCCAAACCCGUCAAACUUACCUGAUUCUGGACUGCGCCGGAGAGGAUUUUAACAAAUAUUAUAAAACUAUCAAGUCCUAAUAUGAUGCAUUCGAUAUUUCUUUCUGUAUAAAGUGCCUGAAAAUCUUCAUAUAUUUCAGCUUUAUUACAUUUUAGAAAGACUUGCUUUCUCCCAUCCCUGGCAGAAGAGUCUUCUAUUUAAAUAUCUUUCUAAAACCAGGAGGUGAAGGAAAAGUUGCUAUGGUAUUCAAGACAUUAUGUCAGCAACUUUCUCAGUUAAGUGAUCUUAAACUGUGCGGAGGCCGUCCCAGGCUCGUCUGAAGGUCCUAAACCAGGACAAGGAUGCACCAGUUGUUUAGCCAAGUGCUCGGCCAGAGGGAUCUGUCCAGAGCAGGUGAUCUGUUCUCUCUGGAGGACGCAGACAUUGAAGACUGUCUGUCUCAAGCUCUGGACCAGAUUAAGGCAAUCUCCUGCUCACCGGACUAUUUGACCAAUGACAAUGACCAGGCAGUGGUGGAGAUUUGCAUAACACGCAUCACCACGGCCAUAAGGGAGACGGGCUCCAUCGAGCGACACAGCACGGCUCUGGUGGGACUGUGGGAGUCCUGUCUGGAGCAUAAUCUCACCCCGCAAGGUGAAAACACAGAGGACACUCCGCAUGCUAAGAUAGCCUCUGACAUCACCAGCUGUAUCCUGCAGAACUACAGUUGUCCUUCGGUCAUGGUGCUGGCUGUCCCGGUGGCCGUGCGGUUCCUGCAGAGGGGCAACAGAGAGCUGAGCAGGAACAUGUCCAGUUACCUCUCUCUGGCCGCUAUAGCCAAGGCCGAUCUGCUGGCUGAACACACAGAGGCCAUAACAGUCAGCGUGCUGGGAGGUAACCACAUGCUGUUGAGAGUUCUGCCCUCAGUCUACCCCAAACAACCAGACACCAUUCACCACCACCUAGGCAACCUCAGCGCCAUGAUGCCACAGCUGGAAUCCACCGAGCAACAACACCUGAUCAGGCUUAUUCAAAUGGUUGCUGAGCAACAUCCACUUAUGUUGAGCCCUCAGGUUCCAACGUUGGUCGGUUACCUAGGGAACCAGUCUCUCACCGAGGCUCUUUUAGGAGCACUUGUCGAUGUGUCUCAAGCAAGUCCUUCCUCGCUGGUCAGCUUUCUGCCACCGCUCAGGAUCUUGGGACAGCAGUGCCCUGCUUUCCUGGCUCAUGUGGCCAAAACCCACGGUGCUGUAGGCAUUAUCAGUGAGACUCACGCUCACAGCUCGCUGGUCUACCUGGUGGUGGAUGAGGCAUUCCAAUCAGAUGGAGGAGGAGGAGGAGGAGCACCAGAGCAGCAGCUGCAGGUGAAGAUCCAGGCCUUUGAGGAGAAACUGGGAGACACGGUGGAAGACGAGGAGGAGGAGGCAGCAGGGGAGGACUCUCCUGCCCCGCAGCGACGCUACAGCCUAAGCCAAACAGUCAGGGAGGAGAGGCGUGAGAUGAGAUUCAACAGGUCAAAGAGCCUGGCUCUCCACGCCGUGCGUUCUCGGUCCAUCAACUCAGACGAAGGGGAGGAUGGUGAAGGGGUGGAGCUCAGCACAGAUAGCGCCUUUUCCAACACUUUGCCUAAUCAGCAUUCCGAAAACCAUGAAGUCUCACCUGCUGAGAGGAAAUUGACAGAUGGCUCUCUGGUCGGCGUCACUCCGCUAGACAGAGCGGCUAAAGAGGUGGAGAAAAAUCAAAACAGAGAGAAGGAUGGACAGAAAGGAGAGCGGGCGGAGCCUGACAGACUUUUCAUCCAUUUAAGAGACAAUAUGGAGAUGAUCAGAGAGUUCUGUAAAGUAAUGGUGCAGCAGAUCCCCAUCCCAGAGCAGUGUGUGAUAGAAGAUUCCAGUCGAGGUUGUGCGGCCAAGCUUUCGUUCUCCUGUCUUUUGAAGGGUCACUACUGUCUGUACGCCAAAUCCUGCUUCAACCUGACCAGCCGACAGCCGCAUCUAUGGAUUCACAUCAUGUUGUUACAUUUACAGAGUAAGUCCAGCGUACCUCUCAGCACCAGGGACGAGUGUUUCCAAAAACUGGGUUCUCUUUGGGAAAAGACGCAGCUUAAAGGAGCUCACAGCUUUUCUAUGGCCAUGACACAGCAGACUACCCCACACAAGAAGGACCUGGACAACCUUCAGAUCCAGCUAGAAGAGGUGCGCUUCUUCGACUUGUUUGGAUACAGUGAGGAGGAAGGAGGCUGGCUCUGCUUCAUGUGUAACAACCCUGAGAAAGCUACAGUCGUAAACCAGGAGGGACAGCCUUUGAUCGAGGGGAAGCUGAAAGAGAAGCAAGUUCGCUGGAAGUUCAUUAAGCGCUGGAAAACCCGCUACUUCACCUUGGCGGGAAAUCAGCUCCUUUUCCGGAGAGGCAAAUCGAAGGAUGAGCUGGAUGACAUCCCGAUUGAGCUGAGCAAGGUGCAAAGCGUCAAGGUGGUAGCCAAGAAGCGUCGGGACCGGGGUCUGCCGCGCGCCUUCGAGAUCUUCACCGACAGUAAAACGUACGUGCUGAAGGCUCAGGAUGAGAAACACGCUGAAGAGUGGCUGCAGUGCAUCAACGUGGCUGUGGCUCAGGCCAAAGAGAGGGAGAACAGAGAGACCACCACCUACCUGUGAGAGCAGCACCGACCGAGACGGCGGCGGGGACGCGAACGCGCAGCCAAACGUACGCUGACUUCCACAUGUAGGAUAUUUGUUUCUUGUAAGCAUUUACAAGACGGGGGGAUAAAAAAGACCCCAGCAGGUGACUCUGAGAAGAAAAACUAAGCGCACUGCUAGUAACUUGUCAAUAGCACCACCAGCUCUGUCUUCAGUCGUAGUAAUGAUGGAGCGCAAAUAAGAAAAAGGAUUUUUAGACAUUAAACCAGCAAUAAAAGACUAAUGAAGGAUGGUUACGUAUUAAAAACACGACUCCCUGUAUUUACCAUUACGUUAAACCAACCUGCCCCUGUGCCAUGCUUCUCGACGCGUAGGCCGCCAUCAGCGAUAGCAAAUGUUUGUUUUACGUGUUCAGAUGUCACCUGACUUUCCCGCUUUGCUCCUACAAGCAAACGAAGCAGGCAUCAGUGGGAAGUUGGGAUUUCUCCGUUUAAUAACGCAUUUAGAGUCCAGAGUAGUAUUCAACAAUAAAGACUUCAUCAAAGCAAAGACCUCAUAAGGAGUUGUAGCAAUAAUGAGACUGAACAGUUCCUCUGGAAAGCAGGAAGGAUGAAAAACGAGCCUAAUGGACAGCAGAUGGGGAGCACAUUGGAUUCUGGAAUUGUGUGUGUGUGUGUGUGUGUGUGUGUGUGUGUGUGUGUGUGUGUGUGUGAAAGAGAGAGUGAGUGAUCUUAAAGGAAUAGUUCAGCACUUUGGGAUAUAUGCAGUCACCUUCCUGCCAAGAACUGGAAGAGAUGAUUCAGGCUGCUUUCAUGUAGCUGUGUGAGUCAAGUAAAAUGAAGCUAAAACUUAGUGUAAAGACUGGAAUUUGAGUUUGACUAGUCUGGCUAUGACUAACUCCUGGUAAGGGGGUGGCAACCAGGGACAGCAUAUUUCCUCAAAUGUCAAACAGGGCCAAUAAUAGGAUAUGUUUAACUCAUUUUGUGUCAUGUAUCCUGCUGUAUUCUGUUUUUUUCAUCACUAACCGGGUUUUUUUCUAGCUUAAACGGGCCUCUAGGGGGACUGGUUGAGUCUUUUGUUUAAGAGUCUUUUGUUCCUUUACUAAACAGAAGUCUGUUAGUUUUGUUAAACAAGAAUGUAUUUUUUUUUAAAGAAAACCAUGCCAGAAACAGUCCUCCUCACAAACCCGACUUAAAUCUGUGACGCUGUUUUUCUUUUCUGCCCUUGUACCAAAGUGGCUUAUGAGGCAAGUCCCUUAAGACCCCACGCAGGGGUCACUUUCUGUUCUUUUGCAAUCACGGUAACCGAACGGAAGGCGCUAUCUCAGCCUUUUUCAAACGAGAGAGGUCUGCAGCAAUCCACUCCAGUGUUUUACCAGGAGCAGCGUCAGCACAGCUGUUGCCUAAUAGUGGAGUUUGGAUCACAGGUUUCUAAGAAAUCACUGAAGCAAAUGAGUGGUUUCCUUGUGGAUUUAGAAAGGUUGCCAGUUCAGUCACACUGAUUUUUGAUGACUCUGCGAGAGAGAGAGAGAGAGAGAGUGGAGGUGAGCUGGCUUACUUUAGAACAGGCCUGUUCCUCGGGUUUGGGUUUAAAAGCUUGUGUGAUUUUAUUAUUUUAUUUUUGGGGGAAAUGUGUCAUUAGAUUUUUAUUUUUCUUCCUGAAAAUUGAGACGGAUGGAUGAAGAAAGAGUGAAGAUGUGAGUGUUUAAAUUGGCUCUAACUGAUAGUCUGCACCACCUUUCUAUAAUCCAAUUGAACUUUGACAGACAGGUAUUCACUCUCUCUACCCACAGGUGAAUGCUGCCUUAGCACUUUUUGAAGUUAUAUGUAACAUUAAAGCUGCUAAAGGUGGUCUUAAUUUGAACUCGUUUGACAGACGAGCUCUCUCUCGUCGGUCUUUCGGCUAAAACCCUGUCAGCUGUGUAAAUGAAGCCAUAACACAGCCUUUCCCACCAGGUCAGGUUACCCCUGUUUGUACUUUUAGCUGUCCCUGUUACCCCCACCACCACCACACGCACAGCAGAGCUGACCUGCAUCUGCUUACAAAUCAUAUUAUUUACAUCAUGUCUCUCCCUCACAUUUUUAUUCCUUCCUUCCUUAUGACCUACUUAAACACGUGACUUUGGGCCAUAAAGCCAGUGGGGUAUUCCCCCAUGACUGCACUUAAGUUUUUAUAAAAAUGAAUAUUUAUAUUCAUUGGGGUAUGGCAGCAUCUCAAGAAACUGUGGACAGAAAGGAAUUGGAUAUUCUUGGUCCUACUGAUUCUGAUUGCUGACAAUCAGGAUGGAUACAGCCUACCAUCUUGUUUCUGACCACUAUCUUCACAUUUAAUCACUAAUAAUUAUUAAACUCUGGCUUUCACAUCGAUAGUUUGCCUUUUUGUCCCAUCUCCCACCAAUCACCCCCAACCAGUAGCUGCAGAUGCCUGCUCUUCUUUGAGCCUGGUCCUGUUGGGGUGUUCUUCCUGUUAAAAGGGAGUUUUUCCUUCCCAUCGUCACCAAGAGCUUGCUCAACAGGGUUGUCUGAUUGUUGGGGUUUUCUCUCUAUUAUUGUAGGGUUGCUUUAUUACCUUACAGUAUAAAGUGUCUUGAGGCGGCUGUUGUGAUUUGGUGCUAUAUAAAAGUUUUUCCUGACUACAUUUGAGACAAAGUGUUAUGCUAUUAGAUAUCAUUAUUAUAUUCAGCACCUCUGCUGACCUGCUGUAUUGUAAAGGUUUCAUAAAGCUCUUGCUCUUUUU